AGGCGGAAGCUGGGGAACUAGAGAAGGGAAAGCCUCCCAUGGAUAUCCACCCUCCUUGGCAUAUCAAGAUGCAGUAGGAUUAGACAUUAUCUCCUAUUGAAGCUAGGUUUGACUGAGCUGUGAUUGGUCUUUUGGCUUUGGGAUUGCUGAUUGAACACCAGCCACAAGCUGGCAUUUCACUGUAUGUUAAAGAGAAAUUUGAAGAAGAGAAACAGAAAGAAAUGGCUGAUUCUCCAGUAAAGAAGUCCCAGGAUCUCUUGACAUUCAGGGAUGUGGCUGUGGACUUCCCUCAGGAGGAAUGGGAAUGCCUGGACUCUGCUCAGAGGGCUUUGUACAUUGAUGUGAUGUUGGAGAAUUACAGAAAUCUGGUCUCUGUGGAGAACUACUGCAUGUGUGAUGCUGUCCAACAUGUGAAGACAGAAAAGGAGUCUUACCAUUUUAAUGAACUUGGCGAAAUGCUCCAUGGUGCCUCCAACUGUGUACUUUAUAAAGCAAGUAACACUACAGAAACCUCUAAUAACUACAGAUGUUGUAAUGACAGGGAUGCCUCUGUUGACUCGUCAAACCGAGAUAGGCAUAAAAGCACGUACACUGGCGAAGAACCUUGUGAGUCUAGAGACUGUGAGAAAUCUUUAACUUUGUUUUCCGACAUUAGUCCGGAUCAGAGACUCUACACUGCAAAGAAAGAGCAGAGACAGGAUGCAUAUGAUGACUAUUUCAGCUCUGCAUACAGUCUCAUGCAACAAACAAUCUAUAUUAAAGAGAAACCACACCAGUGUGGGGAAUGUGGGAAAUGCUUCAGUACCUCCUCAAGCCUCACUGUACACCAGAGAAUUCAUACUAGAGAGAAACCCUACAAGUGCAAUGUUUGUGACAAAUCCUUUACCCAGUGCACACAUCUUAAAAUUCAUCAAAGACGUCAUACUGGUGAGAAACCUUACAAAUGCAAAGACUGUGGAAAAUCAUUUGUUCAGUUGUCAGCCCUUAAAAGUCAUCAGAAAUUGCAUACUGGAGAGAAGCCUUACAAAUGCAAGGAAUGUGAUAAAUCCUUUGCCCACUAUCCCAAUUUCAGGACACAUCAGAAAAUCCAUACUUUGGAGGAACAUUGUAGUUGCCCAGAAUGUGGCAGGGAAUUUCAUCAGCUUUCACACUUUAGAAAACAUUACAGACUCCAUACUGGGGAGAAGCCUUACAAAUGCAAUGAGUGUGACAGAUCCUUUACCCACUAUGCAUCAUUAAGAUGGCAUCAGAAAACUCAUUCUCCAGAGAUAUCUUAUGAAUGCAAAGAAUGUGGUAAGUCUUUUAUUGAAUUAUCACAUCUUAAAAGGCAUUACAGAAUCCAUACUGGUGAAAAACCUUACAAAUGUGAAAUAUGUGACAAAUCCUUUACUACAGCCACAACUCUUAAAACACAUCAGAAAAUUCACACUGGAGAGAAACCUUACAAAUGUAGGGAAUGUGACAAAUCCUUUAUUCAUAGUUCACAUCUUAAAAGACAUCAGAGUGUUCAUACUGGAGAGAGACCUUACAGAUGUAAGGAAUGUGACAAAUCUUUUCGUGAGAGCUCAACUCUUAGAGAACAUGAGAAAAGUCAUACUGGAGAGAAAGCUUAUAAGUGUAAAGAAUGUGACAAGUCCUUUACCCAGCGUGCAUAUCUUAGAAAUCAUCAUAACAGAGUUCAUACUGGAGAGAGACCUUAUGAAUGUAAGGAAUGUGGCAAAUCUUUUACUACAUGCUCAACUCUUAGAACACAUCAGAAAAUUCAUACAGGAGAGAAACCUUACAAAUGUAGGGAAUGUGACAAAUCUUUUACUCAGGACUCACAUCUUAGAACACAUCACAGAGUUCAUACUGGAGAGAGACCUUACAGAUGUGAGGAAUGUGACAAAACUUUUACUAGCUGUUCAACUCUAAAAGCACAUCAGAAAAUUCAUACUGGAGAGAAACCUUACAAAUGUAUAGAAUGUGAUAAAUCCUUUACACAGGCCUCACAUCUUAGAACACAUCAAAGUGUUCAUACUGGAGAGAGACCUUACAGAUGUACAGAAUGUGACAAAUCUUUUACUAGGUGUUCUCACCUUAGAGAACAUCAGAAAAUUCAUACUGGAGAGAAACCUUACAAAUGCAGAGACUGUGACAUAUCAUUUAAUCAGAUUUUAAAUCUCAGAAGACAUCAGAAACUUCAUACUGGAGAGAAACCUUACAAAUGUAUGGAAUGUGACAAGACUUUUACUCAUAACUCAAAUCUUAGAGCACAUCAGAGAGUUCAUACUGGAGAGAAACCUUAAAAAUGUAUUGAAUAUGACAAAUCUUAUGCCCAGGACUCGCAUCUUAAAAGGUAUCAGAGAAUUCAUACUGGAGAUAAUGCAACAUAGCAUUUAUCCAGUGUUCUCUCUGUUUACAAAUCCUAACUAUAUUCAUAAAAGAAAAUUUAAAAUAAGAAACAUGGGAAAGCCUUUAAUGAACUUUUAGAUCUCAUAAAAUAAUGCUAAAAUAAAAUUUUGUCUAUUGUGUCAAGA